AUGUGUUUGUAUAAUGAUCAACAGUCGUCAUUGUUUGGACUUGAAUUGCGUUGUUGCCCCAAAUCCAACUUACCCAGACCCACUCUUCAUCCCCUUAACGUUCGUUGUAUCUUAAGCAGUAUCAUGACCAAAACGGUGCUAUGCAUGAAUCCUGGCCCUAUCGAAUUUGAGCCCCGUGUGCUCAAGUCGUUUGCCAUGGAGGGCAUCUCGCACGUCGAUAAGACAGUGAUUGAAGUCUUUGGACAGUGCCUUGAGAAGAUGCGUAAAGUCUUUUUAGCUCCUGAUGGACAGCCUCUCGUUGUAGCGGGUUCCGGCACACUUGGAUGGGAUAUGGUCGGCGCUAACCUUGUUAACGAAGGCGACGAUGUGCUUGUUGUCAAUACUGGAUACUUUGGUGACAAUUUUGCCGAAUGUCUUGAGCGUUAUGGUGCAACGAUCGCUCACCUCCGUUGCAAGAUUGGCGCACAACCUUCACUUUUAGAGUUGGAAAAGAUUCUUCAAAGUGGAACAAGCUUCAAGGUCGUCACGAUCACACAUGUGGAUACGUCCACGGGUGUUCGUGCUCAUGUGAAAGAAUUUGCAGCCGCUAUCCGACGCUUUCAGCCUGAUGCUGUCAUUGUUGUGGAUGGAGUUUGUGCUACUGGUGGCGAGGAGACGCGUAUGAAAUUAUGGGACCUUGAUGUGGUACUCACAGGCUCGCAGAAGUGUUUGGGCGUUCCUGCCGGUCUGAGUCUAAUGGUCAUUCGCCCUCGUGCGCUACAUUUAUUUGAAAAGAACACUUCAAAAGUUAAAUAUUAUGUGGACUGGCGAAACUGGUUGCCGAUCAUGAAAAACUACGAGGCUCGGCAACCUAGUUACUUCGCAACGCCAUCAGUAAAUCACCUGUUUGCUCUCAACGUUGCGUUGGACAUUUUACUUGAAAAUGGUGGUAUGGAACAGCGAUUUAAAGAGCAUCAGCUCGUCGGUGAUGCUAUAAAAGAGGCGAUGAAGAUGCUUGGUUGUUCGUUGGUGACCACAAGCGAUAGCAGUGCAAACACAUUGACAUGCGUACGCUACCCUACUGGUGUAGGUGCUGCUGACUUCUUACCAAAGGUGGUGAAACGUGGUGUAUCACUUGCUGGUGGUCUUCACAAGGUCAUUAAGACGGAUUACUUUCGUAUUGGCCACAUGGGUCCAAGCACUCGCCGUCUAGAUCAUAUCUUGAAGACCGUGGAAGCAGUUGAGGCCGCGUUUAUCGAAUGUGGACACAAGGUGGCACAGCCUGGAAAAGCUGCUAAGGAGCUCAAAAAGAAGUUGCAAACGAUCAUUCCGAUGCAACCAAAAUGCUCUUUUGUCUACCACAGCUGUCCCGUACCUCCAAAGUGCCAGAUUUACUCCAUUGGUAUGGUAAUCGUCGCAUUUGCUGCCGGAUUUUUUAUCUCGCAAGUGAAAGGAAAGAAGUGA